AUGACGUUUCUGGUGAAUGAAGGUGUAAAAGCGACAGUUACAGGAGAUUUCAGCCACAGUACGGUGAUGAAACUCUUAGCCGCAGUAGAACGUCUGAACGGAUGGAGAGACUCUCACUCCUCCAGCAUCCAUCACUCGACUCGUCUCUCCUGGAUCUGGAACUCUCACUCCGCUCCGUCUCUGUGUGAAAUCAGACGUUCUGCUAGAAUGAGGAACCUGACGGCUCUGCUGCUUCUGCUGUCGCUCAGCUCUCUGUAUCUGGUGUCUAGUGCUCCUGCAGCUUUGGAUUAUAAAGAAAAGUGCUGUUCAUCUCUGAGUAAAGUGAAAAAGAUCCCUGUGCAGAACAUCGUCUCCUUCCAGCGGACUGGGAGCAGCUGCCCCCUACAGGCUGUUAUAUUUGAGACCAAAGCCAAAAGGAAGUUCUGUUUCGACCCUACAGCCGAUUGGGUCAAAAAUUAUAUGAAAAAACACUUAACCAAAAGCCUGAAGCCCAACACUCACUGACAUUACAACUGUUUUAUAGUUUA